AUGCGGGAACGAAUCACGUUCAUCCAGAAGCUGGGUGACUCCUUGGAGCCUUCGGCGUUGACAGUGGACAGUCGCAGUGGUACCAUCAAUGGACCCGAGAUACGCGCUGUACGAGAAGACCGGUUGACCCUGGCCCACCCCGAAUUGCCGCAUGAGCUGCAAACACUGACUGCGGGUGCCCGGGACCUUCACAUCCGAUGGGUGAGCACCGAUGCAUAUGGGGUGGUGAGCCCGUUGUUGGCAAGGCUGCCCCCCGGAUUCCAUCUCUUUUACGCCCCGGCUCGGGCCGGGGCCGAUGAUCUGUCGUCGAACGAACUAUGCUUAGCUCUAGGCGACAUAUUUGGCGGCAUCUCGUGUACUAGUCUCACUGAAUCAUUUACUUCCCUUGGGGACGAUAGCUUCCAAUACUACCAAGGGCUCGACUCUCUGUCGCAGUUUAUCCGAUAUGCCAAACACCGACUAUGCAGCCCAACAGAUACUUCUUGCUCAACCAGGCUAGAUGCCCUCUCCGGGGCCGGCUCACUAGACAUCUCGUGGGAAGCCGCGAGGAACUUGCUCCAGAUCACUGCCCUCUGGCCUUACGAACGCCAGCAAAUACACGCCACGGCCCAACCACCGCGUCGGACUGAGGUUGGGAUCCUCUCUACGGACAAACCAAAGACGCUCGAGGCCCACGAGAUCGGCAUUUCGGGAUUGCUCACCGUUCUCGGCCAGGAUUCGAAGCCGUCGCCGACCAUGUUCACCUUCCCGUCGCGCCAUCGCGAUGCUGAGUCGGCCUUUUCCGCUGGCUUCCUGAACCCCACGGGCCUUCAUCCCACACUUCAGCUCCGUCUGACCUCCACUCAUCCGCCUCCGUUCUCGCCUUCAGGGGACAACAACGACGACAAUGACUACACUACCGCAGCAUGCCACCCCUACGCUUACCUUACCCUCCCUCGCGGCAUCUUCGCCGACAAGUACCAGCUCUCCGACCCCCUCUUCCUCGCUUCCAAAAAUCUAUCCACUUUGCGCCACACCACCCAACCCGUCGACCUCGAAGGUCCUGAGUAUGUCCUACCGCAAUGGGGUUCCGCCAUCCUACUGCAGCUAGCCGACCCCUCCCUCGUCCCAUCAUUGUCAUCUGGCUCCGAGUGGACGGCCGAAAUUCCCCUCCACCUACGCUACCUCGCUCCUUCGGCCGGCGCCGGCGGGUACUCUGCCGUGUCAAUGCCGUACCCAGCAGUGUUCUGGGCAUGUGAGCCCGGCGAGGACGAGCGGGAAUCGGCUGCGGAGAAGUUCCCCCCAAUGAAUCCAUUCGAGAAGACACAUCUGGGGUAUGAUGAGCUGUUUGCGGCUGGUACGGUGUUUUGGCAUGUCGAGCCCCAGCCGGCCGUCACCGCGAGCAGUCCAUCGCUAGUGAACGAAGUGCGGGUGCCGGUACUUGACCUAGACCGGGCCGAGUGGGUGGGCGCAGGCACAACGGCGGCGGUGGUCAUUGGGUUUGCGUGGGUGGUGUGGCGGCUAGCCGGUGUGUGGAAAAGCGGGGGUGGUAAUGUCGUCGGGGAAACGAGGGAAGCGAAGCAAAAGAAGACACAGUAA